UACAACUGAAUACGAGCUUUAAAGAUGUCUCAAAAAGAUGAAAAGAUUUCCUUCUCGGAGCAGAUCACUUCAAGGCUUCAUCGUUGGGUUCAGAGAACGACCAGCAAAGUUAGGAACGAGAGAGCUCAAAUUGUUAGAAUACAAGAAAAUCCAAAUAUUCUUGAAGUGAACGAAUUGAAUGAAAAGAAAUGCCCUCCGCGUGAAAGUUCUGAGAAAAGAUGCCGAGAAUCUAGAUCGUAUGAGGAAUUAGAAAAGGCUUUGAAGGAUUUAAUAAAUAACUGCGUUACGAAUGACUGUGUUAUUCAAGAAGGAAGUUCGAUAACUCACGACAAUACAAAUAUUAAUAUCACUAGGGAAGAUAAUUGCUCGGAAUCUUCGCCAUCUAAUAAAACAAAUAAUGAUAUUGAAGCUAAAGAAAUAAAGAAUUCAAAUAACAAUGAGGCAAAUGAAUCGUCUUCCGGGAGUGAUUGCCUGCAGGAAAAUGAGAAUAAUGAUCCAGGAAGGAAUCUUAAAUCACUGCCACAAACACAACUACAUUCUCCCCCGCAUUGUCAAAGCAAACAAACUGUCAUUUUUUUAAGCGAUGAAGAAAGAAAAAAAGCUUUGGAGGAGUUUGAAAAUGAUGAAAGCAUCGUAAGUUUGAAUGCUUCAAGAGAAAAUGAAAAAGAUUGCAAUCCUGAAACGAGAUCUGAUGAGUGUUUUAACCAUUUAUCAAAAUCCUCCGACGCUUGUGCUAUUAAUACAUCAUCUUGUAAAGUAAACACAGGAUUAAACCCGCCAAUUGAUCGAUCAAGUUUGAAUGAACGUCGCUUUCAAACAUCGGCAAAAACACUGAACAAAAAACAGCCAUUAAGACGUAUACAAUCAGAAGGGGAUGCUCUAGAGUUAAAACUCUCUUUCUUUGACAGUGACGUCUCAGAAUUUGCAGCCACCUGCGUCAGACAUGCGCAGAAAAAGCGCUUUUCUGAUAUCACUCCUGACGUGCACAGAACAGUUCAUUCACCAGGUUUCCUUACUGAGGAAGGCACAAAGAGUUGCUCAAUUCCUAAACACGAGGUGUCGGUAAGCACUGUUGAAGAAAAUACGAAUUUAUUUGAAGACAAUGAUGGGGAAGAAGAAACGAAGCCAAGGCAUAUUCCUUUGUCUGGACGGUCUAGUUCGCUGAGCUUGCCUUUAGAAACGUCCAACUGGAAAAACAAAGCCAGUUCUUUUAAAUGCCUAGUUUCCUCCAGUCUCCCACGAUCAAUUCCUAGUCCCUCGCGGUCGGUGCCUAAUACUACGAAUUCAGGUCCCAAUUCAUCGCUCUCAAGCCCCAGUCCCUCAAAGCCAAGCCCUAGUCCGAAGUUUCGCAGGUUUCCGUAUCAACCGGUAUUCUACGUACCAAAACCAAACGAAUCACGAAAACCAGCACAAUGUGGGUCUGUCGGAAAACAGUCGAAAGAAUAUUUGAUUUAGCACAAUGAUGUCACUGCAUUGAAAACAUAAUAAUUAAGGAAGUUAAUGAACAAUUCAAUAUAUUAUUGCACAAUUUGAAUGAACGUCCUAAUCACACUGUAAAAUUAUAUAAAAACCAUGUAUAAAACUCUGAAGAUGUAUUCUAUCAGAUGAGCUCUGAUUUCCAUUUUUGUGGAUCUGUAUUGUUUAUACUGCAUAAAUAUGUAAUCA